GGUACUGUAACAAGUCGUUCCACACUUCACGCGCCCUCAACCCAUCGCGGCCCUCUUACGACAUGGCAAUAGCACGCCCCAUCCUCGGGCUUGUAGCACUCAUACUGCUCGCUGGCGGUAUUGUUUUGGAGUUCCUGGUCAUCCUCUCCGGCUCACCCGCGGGCACUCCUGAGAACCAGGUCUUCUUCCUGCAAAGUACUACCAACGGCAUCACCGGCGGCAACACCAACGUUCACAACCCCACACGAUGGACAUGGUUAGCUGUCUGCGGUGAGCAGAACGGCCUCAAUUACCAAUGCGGUCACGCCACGGCUGCACUGCCAUUUGAUCCACCACGCAACUUCGGCACGACAACGGGCAUCCCGACUCAGUUCAUCGGAACUCGCAAGUUCUACUACCUCAGCCGAUUCGCCUGGGCUCUUUAUAUCGUCUCCGUCUUCUUCGCAGUUGUGGCCUUCUUCACGGGCUUUCUAGGCUUGUGCUUCCGUCUGGGUGCCUAUCUCACAGGGCUCAAUGCCGCCCUGGCGAUGUUCUUCCAAGCUGUAACUGCUGCGCUCAUGACGGCCUGGGUCAUCAUUGGCCGCAAUGCGCUUCGCAGUAGCGGCCAGACCGCCAAUAUCGGCGUCAAAGCCAUGGCCUUCACUUGGGCAGCCUUCGCUGCCUGGUUAAUCGCUACCGUGCUUUUCUGCGUCGGAGGUGGAAUCGGCAAGGACGAAAGCAGGAACACGAAGAGCUCAUACUUUGGCCGGAAGAGGAGUACUCGUAGCAGAGGCAGCUUCAUUGACAGCGAAAGCCAGAGGCGAGUGAAGGACGAGUACGACUAA